AUGGAGUCUAAUUUAUUGGAUAAUGAAAAUAACGAUAAUAAUAAUGAAAAUGGAUGUUCAGCUGAUGAUAUGUUAGACUUUUUUAUCGAUAAGUUGACUCCCGAUGACUAUGAAGAGGGCAAACAAAAUAUUAAACAUAGGAUUGGGUCGUUGAAUGAAGCAAUCGAAGCGAUUUAUAGACUGCAAAUCUAUGGCAAUAAUGUUAGCGAAAAAUUAUCAGAAUUUAAUAAACGAAUGAAUAGUCGAGUGGCGGAAGUGUUGAUGGAAAUGGAUUUAGAGGACCAGUGUAUGCAAUCGUUAACCAGAAUAAUGAAUGGCGUUAACGAUGGGGACUUCUGGGCACUUAAAUUUUUUGAGGCACAACCCCGUCCUUCAAACGGUAUCCUCGGCCUAAACGGUGUCUUGUAUGGCAACUAUGACCAGUGUCUGAGCAUCGAAAGUCCCGACGAAACGGAUAAACCUAAAAUAUACGGUCAAUAUUGCGGAAUAAAACAUCAAUCAAUCGACAAAAAACAGAUACCGUUGAAUGUUUACGAAGAUAUGGCAAACUUUUACAAACAUAAUGUCUCGAAAAGUCUAUCAUUUGUUUUGUUACAAAAUAUUAUCGGAAAGUUUUUUCAGUCACAUCGGGUGAAGACUGCCGACCAAUGGCGACAAGUUAUAGAAUUUGCCGAUAAUAGUCACUUCGUUAUUUCAAAUGUAAUAAACGGUUUUUGUUUGCCAUCCACUUGUCGUCCGAAAGAUUUGUCUCGAGUGCUAACAAAAUUAACAUAUCCAUUAACUCGGUUUAACAUUGAAUUGGAUGAUGAUUGUGAUUAUAAGGACAAACCAAUUGUAUUGAAUAACUAUCAUAAAGUGUCAAUUGUUGGUGUCGGUUCAUUAAUUAUUUUAUUUAUAUUGAGUACACUUUUUGACUGUUUACCAGACAGUCUACUAAAGAAAAAACUACUAUCGAUACCAAACAUUGGUUUUAUAAUCAAAUGUUUUUCCGGUAAAUCCAACGCACAGUCGAUAUUUGGUUUACAACAAUACGGAAAGUUCAAGGCUUUGGACGGUUUUCGUGCAAUACUAACAUUUUAUUGUGUCGUUUUGCAUACCUAUGAGUUUGGACUGAUAUUUACGUUUACCCGUAAUCACUAUCAUUCCUCAUCAUAUAAAAUGGCAUUUGAUUAUCGA